AUGUACCACCAGGAAGACGACACCAACAGUGACAUGACCAGUGACGACGACAUGAGCCGAACUGGGAGAGAAACCCCACCACCUCGGUCGUCCCAUUCUUUCAGCAGUGAUCGAGACCAGGAGCGCCGGGGCCGGAGCCGCGAAGUUGAGCCCCGAGACCGCUGGCCAUACAACAGGAACCCCAGAAGCAGGCUGCCUCAACGGGACCUUUCCCUGCCUGUGAUGUCAAGAUCCCAUUUUGGACUGGAGAGAGAUGACAGACGUUCCCUGGACUAUGAGUCUCGAUCCCAGGAUGCUGAGUCAUACCAGAACAUUGUGGACCGCAAUGAGGACAAGAGCCCUCAGAACCCAAUUCAGGAAAUCCUGGAGAACUACAGAAAGCUGCUCUCACUGGGAGUACAGCUCGCCGAAGAUGACCGACACUCUCACAUGACACAAGGCCACUCUUCAAGAUCCAAGAGAAGCGCCUACCCGAGCACCAGCCGAGGCCUGAAACCCAUGCCUGAAGGCAAGAAGCCAGCGCACCGACGCGGGAUCUGCGAGGAGGAAUCUUCUCACGGCGUGAUCAUGGAAAAGUUCAUCAAGGAUGUGUCCCGCAGCUCCAAAUCCGGAAGACUGCUGUCCCGAAGCCGGGCUCUGGAAAGGAAGCGGCGUUACCACUUCGAGUCUGACGACAAGGGCCACGAGUCUAAGAGCUGUGUGAGGAAGAAGCCCUUCGAGUGCGCCUCAUCGUCAUCGAAUCCUGAUCAGACACCAAGCCAGCUCUCUGAAAAGAAGCGAAGAGUUCCAACCAUCUUGCUGCCAAACUGGUGCAAGGAACCAGUGGUCUUCAAAGAUGUAGCUGUGUACUUCAGCCAGAAAGAAUGGCAGCUAAUGGAUCCUGAUCAGAGGGACCUGUACAGAGAGGUGAUGCUGGAAAACUACGAGAACCUGAUCUUUGUGGAGUGUUAUAUUUUCAAGCCAAGGUUGAUCACCAAGUUGGAGCAAGGCGUUGACCUUUUUACCAAAGACAGCGAUGUCCCUGAAGAGCCUGGAGACUGCCAGCAAGGUGAGGCAGGUGUCAGCAGGAGUGAAGCCUCUGCAGGGAAGAAGACAGGGAAUAAUUCACAUACAGAAAUCCCGAAGUCAGACAGUUCCAAGACAACAUCGUCGUCGUCGUCGUCACGGCGGAAGAAGUCCAAGAAAUCGGAUAAAGAGGGUGGUUCCAAGCGUUUCAGGGCAGAAAAGCCCCCCAAGAGUGAUGAAAGACACAAAGACAGGCCAUCUCAGAACAAGGAGAAAAGUGGCUCAGCUUUGACUCCAGAAGCAGGUAAAACAGUCACUCUUAGCAGUAAGACCCCUGCCUCAGGGACCCCAGGCACAUCUUCGAGUCAAACGUCGGCCACAGCCUCGACCACACCACCAACACAUCAGAGCACCCCUCAGGAAAAGUCCACUUUGGGGAAAGAUUCUCUGGGCAAAACACAGCAUGCCAGCAACGCCACCAACCCCAAGCGUAAGCCCGCCCGGCAAGGUAAGAACCACUUUAAAUGUAAGGAAUGUGGGAAAACCUUUAACCAGACCCUCCACCUUGUGGAGCACGAGAGAAUCCACACGGGGGAGAAACCCCACAAGUGUGACACGUGCGGCAAGUCUUUCCGGCACCUCUCGUACUUCCUUACACACUACCGAAUCCACACGGGCGUGAGGCCCUACAAGUGCAAGGAGUGUGGCAAAGCUUUCAACAGCAGCUCGACCCUCAACAACCACUGUCGGAUCCACUCGGGCGAGAAGCCCUUCAAAUGCGACGAGUGCGGGAAGACCUUCAAGCAAAGCACCAAGCCCCCCCGCCACCAACGCAUCCACACCGGGGAGAGACCCUACAAGUGCGGAGAGUGUGGCAAGUCCUUUGGCCGCAGCUCAUCCCUGAGGGAGCACAAGAGGAUCCACACGGGAGAGAAGCCCUACCGCUGUCAGGUGUGUGGGAAAACCUUCAGGGUCAACUCCCACCUCUCGGAGCACCAGAGGCUCCACCUGAAGGUGAAGCCCUACAGGUGUGACAAGUGUGGCAGACACUUCCGAAACAGCACCUACUUAGCAGAGCACAAGCAGAGCCACUUGCCGGGGGCCCGAGCAGACUGCCCAGAAUGUGGCAAAGUCUUCGAUUGCAAAGUAUCCCUUCUCAAGCACAGGAAGAGACACGAGGCCAACUCCAGGUACCGGUGCAAGGGGUGCGGGAAAACUUUUAGAUGCUAGUCAAGCAUCCAGAGGCACGAGAGGCUGCAUGCCGGGGAGAAGCCUUUCGUGUGCACUGAGUGUGACAAAGGUUUCACUGACAAAACUACGUUGAACAAUCACUUGAAGAUCCACUCUGGAGACAGGCCAGAUCCAUGCGCCCAGUGUGGGAGAGCCUUCAAAAAGCUAGCUACCCUGCUGCUUCACCAGAAAAAGCACGAGAACCAGAAACCCACCGACAAUGUAUAA